CUCACUUCAUUCCCAUCCUAGAGCAUAUAGCGCCAAUCGGCACAGCUGCCGUCUCUAUUUUGUGAAUGAUAAUAGUAUUUUUUGUGUAAAUAAAAAAAUAAAACCACUUGUGCGUUCGGGAAGGUGAAUUAACGAAAAUCCAUCAUUCAUUACACGAAGUGUGAAAUGGAAACUCUUGAACCCUUCGUAUUCAGACUGUUUCAAUAGUUAUAACUGAAGAGAAGUAAUUCCGGUUCAUAUAAAUUAUGAUCUAAGUUGAAUUAUAAUCGUAUUGUAGUGAAUAGAAUAAUUGUUGUGUAGAUUUGAUUGAUAAUAAACAUUUUCAAAAUGAUUAAUUUCGAUUAUGAGUACUUGGACAGUGAGCAGUUGGCUGGAUUUGACAAAUAUAAGUACAACUGCAAGGAUACAGGACUACUCAGUAUAUAUGUAAUGCACCCUUUUUGGAAUUGGGUUGUCGAGUUUUGCCCAAAAAAAGUAGCCCCAAACCUGUUGACAUUUUCGGGCUUCGCUUUUACCGUUAUAACGACGGUGAUGUUCAUGAUAAUGGACUACUAUUUCUACGCCUCAGAUGAGGAACAUCCUGAAUUUCCACCAUUACCAAGAUGGGCUUUCAUGUUGGCUGCCAUCUUCAUAUUUUUAGCGUACACACUUGAUGGAAUUGAUGGAAAACAAGCGAGGAAAACUGGUACCAGCGGACCACUGGGUGAACUUUUCGACCAUGGUUUAGAUUCAUACUCUGCUGGUCUGAUACCCUUAACAGUCUACUCCAUUUUUGGAAGAGGAGAUCUAUACAGUUUAGGCGUAUACCGAUUUUAUUUCAUGAUGUGCAACAUUCUCUUGAACUUUUACUCGCCACAUUUCGAGAAAUAUAAUACUGGCCUAUUGUUCCUACCAUGGGGUUACGAUUUUUCCAUGUGGGGCACGAUCAUAGUGUUCGCAAUUACAGGGGUUGUUGGUCACGAAUUCUGGCAGUUCAGGCUGGAGAACGGUAUCAAAACGGCGACAAUUUUCGAAUUGACCAUUUACGGAUCUGCACUUCUCACUAAUGUACCCAUAAUAGCUUAUAAUAUUUACAAAUCAUACAAGGAGAAAACUGGAUAUAUGAGAACAUUCAGCGAAGCCAUAAGACCUCUUGUUCCAGUUACGAUUUUGUUUGUAAUUUGCACAAUUUGGGUUUUAUUAUCGCCCACGCGUAUAUUAGAGAGGGACCCUCGCAUGAUAUACCUCAUCCUUGGAACCAUCUUUUCAAACAUUUGUUGUCGACUCAUUGUAUCCCAAAUGAGCAGUAGUAGAUGCGAUAUCUUCAAUUGGUUAUUUAUUCCCCUACUGCUUGUUGUCGUGUCUUCUCUUUUCGUCAAGAUAGCAUUUUUAGAACUUAUAUUGACCUACAUACUGUGUGCUUUUGUCACUGCUGCUCACAUUCAUUACGGAACUUGUCUGGUUCGACAAAUGUGCAGGCACUUUGAUAUCAACUGUUUCAGCAUAAAGAAUAAGAACUAAUAUAUUUGCUACAAAACAUCACUUUCAACUUUGAUAUAAGAUGAAUUUAGAGCUAGUAGUACCCAGUAACUGAUUGUAUUUUUUGUACAUUUAUACAUAAUUUACCCAACAAAACAGUAAAUUUUAUUUUAUUGCAUACUAUUUCUGUGAAAAAUUAUAUUUUACUCAAAUUACGUAAAAGGUUGUAUAUAUUUAUUACAGUUUAAAUUUCAACAGUUUUUGAAGGUAUUCCAGAAAUGUUUUUAUAUGUUACAUGCAUAUUCAUUUUCAUAUAUUUGUGUAGAACAAGCCAAAGAUUAAUUCGAUUUAUGAACAUCUUUUUUGAUAAGCCUAAUAAUUGUAAUAUUUUGAAGUAUUAUCCAUGAAGUGAAUGUUAAGUGGCUGCAGUUGAGAGAGAAAACAAAAUAUUGUCAUGCUUGAUUAUGAAUCAUUCAAUUAUGUUUGAAUAAAAAUUUUCAGAAGUGAUCUGAUUAAAAUAAUCAGUUGUGUAAUAGCAAUGUUGUCCAACCAAAUUUUUUUUAUUAUGUAAGCCUGAAUAUGAAGUGUUGAAAAUAUAAUUUACAACUUC